GCGGCGCCGCCACAGGUGACUCGYGGGUCGGGGGUCGCGUUCCGCCCCGCUGCCGCUCGGCCGCCUCUGCGCGUUCGCACCCCUGCGUCGCGGCUGCCUGCGCGAAGCCCAUCUUCAGCCGCCUCACCGUGCCGGCGCGACCGGCAGCACCGGGGGACAUGGCUUUGCUCCRGCUCCUUCUCCUCUUGCUCUUCGCCCAGCGCGGGCUGGGGGCUGCCGCCGACCAAGGGCAGGCGGUGCGCGGCCGGGAGCGGGCGCUCGGAGGGAGGCAGCCUAUUUACAACCACAUCAAGAGCCGGGAGCCUCCGCCGGCCCCGCGGAGCCGCUCUUCGGAGAGCACCAUCUUGGCGCAGCGGCUCGCCGAGGAGGUGCCCCAGGACGUGGCCUCGUUCCUCUACACGGGCGACUCCCGGGAGUUGCGGCGAGCCAACUGCUCCGGGCGGUACGAGCUGGCCAGCCUCGCCGGCAAGUCGCGCUUCACCUCGCACCCGUCCCUGCACGGCGCCCUGGGCACCCUCACCCACGCCACCAACUUACUCAACAUGAUCCUCCAGAGCAAUAAGUCGCGGGAGCAGAACUUGCAGGAGGACCUGGAGUGGUACCGCGCCUUGAUCAGGAGCCUGCUGGAGGAGGACCCCAACAUCUCCAGGGCCGCUAUCACUUUCAGCACGGAGCCUUUUUCCUCCACUCCCCAGGUUUUCCUCCAGGCCAGCAGGCACGAGAGCCAGGUCCUCCUGCAGGACUUGUCCUCCUCGGCUCACCGCCUGGCCAACGCCUCUGUGGAAACGGAGUGGUUCCACGGCUUGAAGCGCAAGUGGAGGCCGCAUCUGCACAGGAAGGUCUUAAACACGGGCCCCAAAACUUUGGAAAACAGUUGGAAGAGACGGGAGAGCUUCAGUGCUGAUAAGAACCACAUCAGGUGGUCUUCACCGUACCUGGAGUGUGAGAAUGGGAAUUACAAACCCGGCUGGCUGGUGACUCUCUCGGCGGCUUUCUAUGGGCUGCGGCCAAACCUCCUGCCCGAGUUCAGAGGUGUUGUCAAAGUCGACAUCAAUCUGCAGAAGGUGGACAUUGACCAGUGUUCCAGCGAGGGAUGGUUCUCAGGGACACACAGGUGUCAUCUCAACAAUUCUGAGUGCAUGCCAAUUAAAGGCCUUGGAUUUGUGCUUGGAGCCUACAAAUGUAUUUGCAAGGCUGGAUUCUAUCAUCCCAACAUCUUCUCAGUGAACAGCUUUCAGAAAAAGGACGCAGAAAAUCGCUUUUCUGGUGGUGAAUUGUCGGAGGAAAUCUACACCUGCCUACCCUGCAGAGAAGGAUGUUCUUUCUGCACAGAUGACACUCCCUGCUAUGCACAGGAGGACAAAUACUUACGGCUGGCGAUCAUCUCCUUCCAAACGCUCUGUAUGCUGCUGGAUUUCAUAAGCAUGCUGGUGGUCUACCAUUUCCGCAAGGCAAAGAGUAUCAGGGCUUCAGGACUGGUGCUGUUGGAAACCAUUCUUUUUGGAUCACUUCUUCUGUACUUCCCAGUUGUCAUUUUGUAUUUUGAGCCAAGUAUAUUUCGCUGUGUUCUCCUAAGAUGGGUUCGUCUUCUGGGCUUUGCUACUGUUUAUGGAACUGUGACACUCAAGCUGCACAGGGUUUUGAAGGUAUUCCUGUCCCGAACGGCUCAGCGUAUUCCAUAUAUGACAGGUGGGAGAGUGAUGAGGAUGCUGUCUGUUAUUCUUCUGGUAGUCGUCUGGUUUCUCAUUGGCUGGACUUCUGCAAUAACCCAAAAUUUGGAGAGAAACAUUCCACUCAUUGGUCAAGGGCAAACAUCUGACCAUCUGAUCUUCAAUAUGUGCCUCAUAGACCGCUGGGAUUACAUGAUGGCUGUUGCUGAAUUUUUAUUCCUCUUGUGGGGUGUUUAUCUCUGCUAUGCAGUGCGGACAGUCCCAUCAGCAUUUCAUGAGCCACGUUAUAUGGCUGUUGCAGUUCACAAUGAGCUCAUUAUCUCUGCUAUAUUCCAUACAAUUAGAUUCAUUCUUGCUUCAAGACUUCAGUCUGACUGGAUGCUGAUGCUGUUCUUUGCACACACACAUUUGACUGUGACAGUCACUGUUGGGCUACUUCUGAUCCCUAAGUUUUCACAUUCAAGCAAUAACCCAAGAGAUGAUAUAGCUACAGAAGCUUAUGAAGAUGAGCUUGAUAUGGGUCGGUCYGGAUCCUAUCUGAACAGCAGUAUCAACUCAGCCUGGAGCGAACACAGUUUGGAUCCUGAAGAUAUUCGGGAUGAGUUGAAGAAACUGUAUGCUCAGCUUGAAAUCUAUAAAAGGAAAAAGAUGAUUGCUAAUAAUCCACAUCUCCAGAAAAAAAGGUGCUCAAAGAAGGGCUUGGGGCGCUCGAUAAUGCGGCGUAUUACAGAAAUCCCUGAGACAGUCACCAGGCAGUGCUCCAGGGAUGAGAAGGACCUGAUGGAGCACAGUGCUGUGAAGAAUUUGGCCACUCUGAAGAAAAACACACCAGAUUCUACAAGUUCUGCAAAGCCAAAAGAAGAGACUUUGAAAAAUAGAGUAUUUUCCUUAAAGAAGUCCCACAGCACUUAUGAUCAUGUUAGGGAUCAAACAGAAGAACCAAAUGGCUUAACUACAGAAAGUGCAGAAGUUAUACCUUCUGAGAAAAUGCUUCUGGACUCCUUGGAUGGUAACAAAUUAACCAAAAAUGCUCCUGAAAUGGUUGAAGCUGUCUCCACUGAAUCGGUCCCUUUGGUGUGCAAAUCAGUGAGUGCACAUAACUUAAGUGCCGAUAAGAAGCCUCUGCAUCCAAGAACAUCCGUGUUACAAAAAUCCCUCAGUGUUAUUGCCAGUGCCAAGGAAAAGACUCUGGGACUCACGGGUAAAACACAAAGUCUAGAAGAAAGCACUAAAUCUCAUAAACCUCAGCAGAAGGGUAAGGAGGCCAGCAAAAAGCACUCCGCCUCCGAUAAAGGGGAACAUAAGGAUUCCCAGCGGAAAAACUCUACCCACUCUGAGGAAACAAAGAAAACCCAUAAAUCUGGAAUUAUGAAACAGCAAAGGGUUAGUCAAACACCUGCAAACACAGACACAGGCCCAGGUAAGUCUCAGCACAAGGACAAUUUCGACAUAGGAGAAGUUUGUCCUUGGGAGAUAUAUGACCAAAUUCCUGGUCCUGUGCCUUUUGACUCUAAAGCUCAAAAACAUGUGUCUAUUGCUUCCUCAGAGCCAGAGAAAAACCACCCUUCGCAGCCAAAGGGGAAGACUCAUCACAAGCUGAAGACACCUGAGGGGCACCAACAGUCAAAUCAAAAGAGUUCAGAGAAGGUGGAAGCAGCCACUCAGGAGACACAAGAGCAGCAGAUCUUUGAAAAUGAGAAAAACCAGUCAAAUUCCAAGUCCCAGGUCUCUCCUGGGCAGAAGUGUGAGAAUAUUCAUAGGUAUACAUCUAAUACCUAUGCUGGGGAGCGGGAGGAGCUGCCCCAGAAAAGAGCAGAAAAGGAAAACCUCAAUAAAUUGGCAGAACAGAAAAAAAAUGCCUCUUCUGAGGGAAAUGUGCUUUCAUCCAACUCCCAUAAGCCAAGUAGUUACUUACAACAACCUUUAGCAUCUCGAGCUGAAGUCUGCCCUUGGGAGUAUGAUACAGCAGAUUUACCAAAUGCAGAAAGAAGUGUAGCUUUAUUGAACACCUCUGCUAUAAGUGCAAAUAAAACAGCAGCACCUCGAAAAUAAGAGGCUUUUGGACUGAGGAGAGUAGCAACAUUGAGAAGAAAGACAGCAGGAAAGACAGAGAAGACUUAGGCGAAAACCAUCUGAAAAUUCCUAAGGAGCAUCACUUAAAUCAAGGGAAUCAGCACUACAAAUAAGUAGGAGUUAAGUGAAGUAAAUUAUCAUUAAUGUUGUUAUUAUUUAUAUGUUGAGUGCCAACAAUGUGAUUAGCAGUGCCCAGAAUAUGGUCCCUGCUCCAAGGAUUUUACUGUGUCAGUGAAAGAAAUCUGCCUUUGUGAAAUCAAUUCUCUUUCAAAAGAAAAAAAUAGUAAGAUGGUAACAAACGCACAGUGUCGAUCUUAACCAAAUUAUUUCUGGAUGCCGUAACUGGCUGUACCUUGCCCUUGGGACUUUAAAGAUCCAGCAGAAGUAGGGCACAGAAAGUGUCCUGAUGGCAAAAAGGGGUAUCAAUGAGCAGCUUAUUAAAAUGACGACUUUUCACUUUAUGUAUUUAAUCUAAACAGCACUGCUAACUCCAUGUAUCCCAAAAAUAUUUUAUAAAAUGAUUGUUCGCAUUUUCUUAUUAAUGUGUGUUCAAGUAAAUUGUUGUGUCUCAUAUUAAAGCAUUCCAGAUUGUAUAAUUUUUGCAAAUAACUUUGAUAUUAUAUGACACAACAACAUAUUUAUGCAACCUGCAGAUAGUGUCUUCUAAUUGCAAGUUGAAAUACCUGCUGUAGACAUUUCUGUUUAUAUAUGUAAUUGCAGGCAGUAAUCUUUCACUGGCUAUGGAAGCCGUAAUUCAUACUGGGAAAUUCUUUUGAGCUGUGGAGAUUUUUUCUUUUCCUUUCAUGUAUUUAUAUAGUGAUUUUUUUUGUUUUGUUUACUCCCUGUUAUUUAAAUUUAUAGUUUGAUACUGUACUAUUCAGGGGUUUUAUAUGCAGUAAGUUAUGCACUUCCCUGUUAAUGCUCAUAGACUUUGUUAAUAGCAGCAAUUCAGUCAUCUUAGCUGCAUAUUCUGGUAAGUCUUAGGACAAUUUAUUUGGGUUUUUGUUACUGACUGGAAAAUAUUUAAGAAACCAGAAAUCCUACUUUAAACAUUGAUGGUGAUGAUCUUGUUCAGUAUUUCCUACUGAACCUAUCCUGUUCAAGUAAGAAUGACAAUGAAUAUACCCCAGAAAUUAUCACCUGUUCUACUAAAACCAGACAGCUCUGGCAAAUAUAUUAGUUAGCAUACAUGAAACAACACUGUACUGUUUAUCCCUGUUGGCAAACCUCAAAGAUUGGCCCUUGGAGUGAGAAGUCCAAAAUAUUACUCUUCCCCCAUAUAUGCAAAUGUAAGAGAUACUGGGAACAGAAAUGAUGGCAUCUCUCUCCAGCUCUCCAAAAUGCUUUGACUUUUUUAAAAUUUAUAUGUACAUUUACAGUAAAAGUCAGUGUUUGAUACAGUGCUACUUUUCAGCAAUAGCUACAGUCCUCAUUGUGCAUAUGAGCUUAAUUCAUAGGUGGCCCAUUCACAACUGUGAGUCUCAGUGACAGUUCACCAUCAGGGCCUGAGGACGUUUUUUGAAGAUUCUGAGGAGAAUCAGUAGUAAGGAAUCAGCCCCAGCCAUCUCAAUGCAGUACCAGUAAAGUGCUGUUCACAGGAAUUGGCUAUACUAUGUGUACUCCAAAACAGACAGUCCUAAAGAACUKGUGCAAUUUGAGAGAAGUGAUGGGAUUCAGUGGAAGAACAUGAAAGGAGGAUGACUGAAUAGAAUGUGUUGUUUAAUAUAUAUAUAAUAUAUAUAAAAAUAGAUAUUUAUAUAUGUUUAAUAUAUAUAUAUAAAUGUCAUAUCUAAUACACACAUGCACAUACACGUAUGUAGUAAAACUGAUUUUUUGUGGCAUCAUAAAAAAGUGGCUUAAGAUAAAAUGCAAUGAGCAGAGGGACUUGGACAGCCUGGGCUUGGGGAGGACCUCUUCUGUCCUUUAAAAAGGAGAGGAGUCUGUGGGCAUGUCUAGACUGACAGGUCAAGAUGGAUCUGAUUUUCCUACUGCCGCUGCUAAGCCCAAACCUGGAAUGUGCCAACACCUGAGCCAGCUGGGGACAAGUUGACUCAGGUCUUGGUGCUCUCCAAACAUGUUACCUCACAAAUUCUGCUCAUUAGCUCCAGAUUAAGUGGCUAAACUGCCCCAGCCAACCUGGUUAUCCAGGACAGUGCUCAUUUCCACCAUGGGGACGUGCUGACUUAGGUCUCUGUUAMCCUGGCCUUGUCUGACUCUUCCACCCAUGAAAGGGAGUCAGGCAUACGAGUCUGGGUGCUUUGGACAUCACACUUUGUGCAGCCCAAAUCCAGCUCUGUCCUUAGUGUGGAAAAGAGYUGAGAUUAGAUCUGUGUGCUCAGAUUCUCCCUUCCCAGUCCCAGACACUCRUGGGAUUUGUCUGUAACUUGUCUGUCAGCUUCAGGGGGACUUGAUCAGGUUUCUGAGAGAAAGUAACUGUAUUUCUAUGGGAAGAAGUCUGUCCUAGGAACAGAGCUUUCUGGCAAUUCUCCAGGAGCAGAGAAAUACACAAUUUUAAACGUGCUGAAAUGGUGACUACCUUGCAUCUCUCUCACCCUUGAAGGGAAGUUCUGCAGUCUCAGCAGUGAUUUUUGGGAUUGGGGCUGGUGGGACAGUUUAUGGCAGGCUGCCCUGACUCACUCACGGGAUCCCGACUGUGAGGGUAGAAGUGGGCAUCCAUGGAGGGAUCAUGGAAGGAGAUAUUGUAUGCACUCACUGCCUCUUGGAGACUGAUGGUUGCAAGGAGCAGGCACCAGCCCUCGUGCCCUUGCUCAUCUGUCCCUCCAUCCUUUACCUGGGAGCUGAGCAAGGCCACACUGCCCAUGCCCUGCUCUGCAGGAGCUCUGUAGGGGCACAGUGUGCACCAGGGAUGAGAGAUCCACAUCGGCCAAGUGUCUGCACAGUACCACUGCCCCUUGCAUUCCUGGCAGGAUCAAGCCCUCCAUGCAUGAUUGUGUCUGUGCCACCGCUGUGUAUCAAUACUUGCUCCGUUUCUUUUCCCUUUCUUUCUUUUCUAAAAGAUAACUUCAUUAGAAACACAGAAACAAAACCCACUCAUUGGCUGGCAUAAAACAGACCAGCUGCAGAGCAAGCAAAAAGUGAUGACUGGUUUACCAGGGAAGGCAUUGGCUUGUAUAUUCUCAUUUGAUUUAGAUUUCUUUCAUCCUGACCCUUUCCCUCACUUCUUAUAAACUGUCUGUUAUGGUUCUUUAGGCUCGUUGUAGUCACAUCCCCUAAGACUGACACAGUUGGAGAACUUUUCUUUUGAAGAMAACAGAGCUUUCCCCAGUUUAUUAAGCGUUUGAUCUUUGGGCUGCAGAUUCAAUUGGGACUUAAAUUGUUUCACAUUUAAGAAAAUGAGGGGCCAAACUUCACUCAACUAUUCUAUUUCACUAUGAUGCUGCUAGAAGCAUUGCUUAAUGAAGACAUACUAAGUUAGACAUAAAUAAUGUUCUGUAUUUCAUAGGUUUUUCUCCACCAGCAUAUAUUGACUAGAUUGCUUAGAUGUCUUUUUCUGGAAUUUCAUUGUCAUUGUUCAGCCAAGAGAAGUGCAACUCUAAAGUAAAGAUGUUAUAAAGAUGUUUUCUAGCAGAUCUGUUAACAGAAAAGACAGUAAACAUGAAGGUCACAAACAUUUGCUAGGUUGUCCUUCUAAUGCAUGUGCAAGCUGCAUUUCUCCUUUAUUUCUAAGCCAUGGUUUAUAAAUGAUUAGAUUUAUACCAAUCUUAUUAGAGUUGUAUAAUUUAUGCAAGAUUAUGCGCUUUAAACUAUAAAUCAGUACACACUUCUCAUCAGCUUUGGUGGCAUCAUAGACCUGAAACCGGACAAGACRUUUAUAUUUGCUCUCCUUAGGCUUUUGCAUGCAUAUGACAACAGGCAGGCCUGAGCAAACACUGCCUUUGACUUUUGAAAUUUUAGCUACUCCAAGUUGUAGAGUAUAUAAAGCUGUAAGUCUCUUCACUUUAUAAUGUGGUUCUUAUGACAAUGUUAUCUGGCAACCAACAGCAUCCACCAUGAAAUACUUGAUAGAUUUAUGUUGUAAUGUGUUGCAGCAUGUAAAUAAUGUAACUUCUCUGCAAUAAAGCACAUUUAU